CGAGGAGAUGUUCUAUGCGUUCCGCCAUUUUUAUUUGCUCUGACGUCACAACAAACCCGAAUGCUCUCUGUCUGCUGGUAGUUUUAGGCACUGUGGAUCAUGUAUAAGGCGAUUAACAAAACAAAUCUGAGACAAGUGUCUAGUCUCUUCCACAGAUUUCAGAGUACCUUGGUUGUAGCUGAGCACAACAAUGACAAGCUGUCGCCAAUUACACUUAACACCAUCACUGCUGCGAGUCGACUGGGUGGGGAGGUGUCCUGUCUGGUCGCAGGGACCGACUGCACAAAGGUCGCAGAAGAGCUCAGCAAAGUUAAAGGAGUCCAAAAAGUUCUGCUGGCACAGCAUGAUGCAUACAAAGGCUCUCUGCCAGAGGAGUUGACUCCCUUGAUCCUGGCCACCCAGCAGCAGUUCAGCUUCACACACAUCUGUGCUGGAGCCUCAGCAUUUGGGAAGAAUCUCCUACCCAGAGUUGCUGCAAAGCUGGAUGUAGCUCCAAUAUCAGACAUUAUUGAGAUCAAAUCGCCAGACACAUUUGUCAGAACCAUCUAUGCAGGGAACGCGCUCAGCACGGUCAGGUGCAGCGAGACCGUGAAGGUGUUCACAGUGAGGGGCACUUCCUUCGAGGCUGCGCCGGUGGAAGGAGGCAGCGCUUCGACUGAACAAGUCUCCCCCUGUCCUCCCGUGGGCGUGUCCGAGUGGUUGGAGCAGAACCUGACCAAGAGUGACCGUCCUGAACUCACCAGUGCCAAAGUGGUAGUGUCUGGAGGCAGGGGGCUGAAAAGUGGCGAGAACUUCAAGCUGCUCUAUGACCUGGCCGACCAGAUGAAUGCCGCAGUUGGGGCAUCCAGAGCAGCCGUUGAUGCAGGCUAUGUCCCAAAUGACAUGCAGGUCGGACAGACCGGCAAGAUCGUGGCCCCGGAGUUGUACAUUGCGGUUGGUAUAUCUGGUGCCAUUCAGCAUCUGGCUGGGAUGAAGGACAGUAAGACAAUUGUGGCCAUUAACAAGGACCCAGAAGCUCCCAUUUUCCAGGUGGCUGACUACGGUUUGGUGGCUGACCUCUUCAAGGCUGUUCCUGAAAUGACCGAGGCUCUAAAAAAGUGAUCCGUGGCAUGCCUCGCCUUCUGGCUCUUCUGCUGAUCCUUUGUUGUUCUCAACACGGAACCACAACGGCCAUUAACCUGCCCUUACUCCUUCAGCAUUAAAACUUCUGCCUUAAAGAGCUCCAAUCCUGUUUUAGACCGUCUCAUGAGGUCCAUGCCCAGAAUGACCGAGUCAGAUUAUUUUGUGCUAAUUUGAGGUGGGCUUUCUCUGUUUGACAGAGAUGUUUCCAGUUUAUAUAUUUUAGUAUGUAAUAAAGUCAAUAAAGUGCAAUAAAGUUUAAUGACAUUUUCUGAAUAAA